UGAGCGCCUGUAGGGAGGGUGAAAUGAUACUAACGGCGUUAUAGAAUAUCUGGAGACAUUAAACCACAAACACUGCUCCCACAUUAAAGGACAGGUGUCAGUGAAAUUAAGUCUGGCUGAUCGUGUCACCAUGUCGGAGGGAGAGCGGCUUCUGACCGACGUCUUCCCGAACCUUCAGGGGGAAACCAACGACUUUGGCUCCUCCGGGCCUGAUGAUCUUUUUGAGGAGGAGGACUCGUAUUCUCCUUCCUCCCUCAUCUCCUCCUCCUCGCGACCCACCGUGAGCUCCGUGCAGUCGGACACCCUGUGCACCUCCUGCGGCCUGGAGAUCGUGGACAGAUACCUCCUGAAGGUGAACAACUUGUGCUGGCACGGUCGCUGCCUCGCGUGCAGCGUCUGCCAGACGGCGCUGGGACGGCACGUAAGCUGCUACAUCAAAGACAAGCAGAUCUUCUGCAAACUCGACUACUUCAGGAGGUAUGGUACGCGCUGCGCGCGCUGCGGCCGCAACAUGCACUCAAACGACUGGGUGCGCCAGGCACGCGGUCGGACCUUCCACAUUGCGUGCUUCUCCUGCCACUCGUGCAAGCGGCAGCUGUCCACCGGAGAGGAGUUCGGCUUGGUGGAAGACCGCGUACUCUGCCGUCCGCAUUACGACAGCAUGAUGGAGAACAUUAAGCGCACGCAGGAAAGCAACAAAGUCCAAGUGGAGGAAACUGAGCCUUCAGACCAAGACGUCAGCAGUUCAAAAUCCAAGCCCAACAAGAGAGCCAGGACCAGCUUCACUGCCGACCAGCUACAGAUAAUGCAGGGCCAGUUUGCGAACGACAACAACCCAGACGCCCAGACGUUGCAGAUCCUAGCCGAGAGAACCGGGCUGAGCCGCAGGGUUAUACAGGUGUGGUUCCAGAACUGCCGUGCCCGCCAAAAGAAACAUGUGUACCCAAACCUGGACCCGUCUACGGUCAUGACACUGAUUCCUUCUGGUCAGCUGACACCACCCCUGGAUAACCUGCAAUACUCGUCCUACAUCACUUCUGACCCCACCAUGACUUACAUGAACAUUGACUCUCCACCCACACUGCUGUUCAGGCAAAUGACCUCCCAUUCAAUGACAAACUGCCAGUGAGCCACGCCUCAGCUCUGACUGGCCAUUGGUCGACCACUUCCAAGGGCUGACUCCAAUUGAUUGAUGGCUAACCAUGUCUGUUACAUGUCUGUAAAUGAGAAAUGGUUGCAGGGGCUAUACCACUUUAUGGAAUUUGAUGUCAAUUAAUUUAUUUGAAGAAAAAAAUGUUCAAGCACUUUGUUUGUAAUGCACACAAAAUGUAUUAAUUGUUUUUGUCAAUGGGUUCUAUUAUUUUAUUUAACAUUAUGUAAAUGUUAAUUAUGUUGAUAAACAUAAGAUUUAUUUUAAGAAUCUGACUUAAGUGACCUUCAAAACACUUUAAUAUGAGAAAAAAAAGUAAGCUGUCAAGUUUGAAGAGCUGGUUUAAUGAACUAUCAACCUAUGGCCUUUGUGACAUCGAUUUCUUGUUUUGUUUUCUGUUUUUGUUUUAUUGCCAAGUUGGAAGGCGUGUGUCUGGAUCGCUCUGCGAUAUCUUUGGUUUAUAACUCUUGAUUAUGCAAGACAAGGGGCUGCCCAUUUAUUGCUGCAAAUAAAUUAAGAUCUUGCACAUAAUGAUGACCUUGUGGCCAUCCCCUGGUUGUUUUCUGUUCCAUGGUAAGGCUAAAUAUGAUGUCGAGCAGGAAUCAAAAUAGUGCAAGGGGCGGAGUUGCAUCUUAUUUUCUGUUUU